CAGAGGAAGUGACAGUGACAGCACAAAGCAUGUAAGCUGUGACAAACUCCAGCACAAAGAGAAACAACGUCAGCCCCAGAGCUUUAGGGAACUUUAAGGCGACUCGUUUUACUUUAUUUAUUUUUUUAAAUUCACACACUGUACACUGUGAACACGUGUAGCAAUGCCCUGCGACUCAAGCAAUUAUGACACAUGCUGCAAAAAAUGUCCAAAAGGGAACCGGGUGAUAUCUAACUGUAAUGAAACUCCAGAACCCAAGUGUGAACCGUGUUCUAAAGGCUACUACCUGGAUGAUGAUUAUUAUGCGGAGAAGUGUUUUCAGUGUAGAUCAUGUAGCUCGAACAAUCUGGAAAUAUCUGAGCCCUGCACAAAUGAAAGUAACACAAAGUGUAAGUGUAUGGAGGGCUUCUACUGUACAAGAAUAUUACAAGGGAACUGUGAGAGCUGUAGUAAAGUAAGACUCUGCCCACCAGGACAAGGAGUUUCUGUUCACCAUAACAGCACACAUGACGCAGUGUGUAAAGGCUGUCCUACAGGAACCUUCAACAAUAAGACUGAUUAUCUCACAACUUGUCAAAAUCACACCAGGUGUUUGGAUCUGGGUCGGUAUUUGCUAUCAGAAGGAACGGCAGAAACAGACGCCAAAUGCGGUGAUUUCAUACCUCGUUGUCAUUGGAUGAUUCCUGCUAGUUUGUGGGCGGGGCUAAUCCUGACGCUCAUCCUCGUCUUUAUUGGGGUUAUGUGUCUGAGGUGUAAGAAAAGAAAAAGAAAAGCAGUGAUUACGAUGGGGGGUUUACAAAAUUUCGUCCCGCCUGCUCUUCCUCCAGAUGUCAUCAAGUAUCCGAGAAGCCCAGAGAUACAAACACCCACCCAUAAUAGUAAACUCUGCAGUGAGGAGUAUGACGGCCCCCUGGAGUGUGAUUGCGUCGAACAGAGCGUGUUCUCAGAGAAAUUUGGAGCGUUCUCUGUCCCAGACACCUGCAUAUCCUUCAUCAGUGAGCAAUGCCGCUCCGAGCCACAGGAGGACGACUGGCCUGCACUCUGACACAUCCUCAGCUUCAUCUUGAGGCCUCGUCUCGCUCUGCCUCUCUCACACACACUGCCUCAGCUGCUCUCUUAAGAUUUAACCCCAAACGCUUCGACACACACACAUGCACUUACAUGGAACCUAGCUUUAUUAUUUCCCCACAUUCUUUUAUUUCGAAUCGAUGAAUAUUAACAAAAUGUAAUAUUUCAUCACAGACUAUUACAAUUUGUACACUUUUAUUUACAGAGUGGAAAUGAAGAGAUAUUGUUUCAGUAUGGACAAAAUAUGGAAACAACGCUUGUAUUAUACUUUCUUUUCAUUAUUUGUUAAAAAAAAAUCAAAAAUCAAAAAAACAUAUUUAUUCUUCUGGAGAUGAAUUCAUGCUGGUUUAAUGUUUUAUUCAACAUUUAUUUGAAUUAAGUAAACAAUUAUUUUAAUUUCAUUGCUUAAGAUCUCUUUGCAAUUCCUUUGCAUAUCUAACUUAAUAAUGAAUUAAAACAGUGAAAUAAAUAAAAACGU